AAAAACAGGAGCUUAUGUGCAAAAUAUUGAAACUGAUUUGCAUAAUACUGGAACGCAGUUAAACCCAAAACAGGGGGGGUUUUGUGCAAAACACUGGAUCAAGCUUAUUAAUUGUGAUCCAAAACACUAAACAUGGACUGGUUUGCAGAAGUACAGGGAUUGAUUUUGCAAAAACCCGGGGACUGAUUUGCAGCGACUUGCCCGCCGACGGCGAGGCCGCUUCGCUCGACGCCUCCGCCGAGGGCCAACCUCACUCGCAUUGCCACCGCGCGCUCGCUAUAGCCGCCGUGAACUAUGCAGAUGCAGUCGACUUCAACAGUUCAACUAGAGCCUCCCCACCGCUACGCUGGUGCGCCUCCAUCUCGCCCUCCACUCCUAUGGUGGCAUAAGCGCGGCCCUGUACAGGAUGGGCUCCAGCGAAGGCCGUGUUUGCCAACUUCUUGUAUGCCGGCAAACGGUUCGCUUUCUUCGUCGCGAACGGCAGCGGCCAGCGGGCGGCCCCAGCCAGAGAUCUGCUGCGGCCCAUCCUUUACCUCCUCUGCCUGCCUGUGCCGAGAAUAGAAGUCCAUCCUCCGACUGAAAACAGCAAGCUCCCAAAGAUGCUUGAAAUCCCUGUCACCCCAGGCAAGGAGGUCUUAGUGUAGGCAUUUUAGUCAGCAGUGACCACUUCGCUGUACAACUUUCACAGUUGCGCGAAGGUCGCCAACUAUUCAAACUAUCUCAGGGUGAUGGGGCCAGCAGCAGCUGUAAUGAAACCAAGCCCACUUCAGUCUGAUCUACUUGGUGGGCAGGCAGUAGAGAAGAAUCUUUUCAGAAGUACCAUGGCAAUUAGAGGCUUUGUGGACUGGAGAGGAAACCCCAUACAUAGAGAGGUACAUGGAGGUGUUCGAGCAGCAAUGUUUAUAUACUUCCUAACGGUUGUAACAAGCAUGGUGAAUGUUCCCAAUUUGCUGAAUUUGGUUACCUAUCUCCACGGGACAAUGCAUAUGGGCGUGUCAAGUUCUGCAACUACAGUAACUAAUUUUGUCGGUGCCACAAGUGGGUUUGCUUUGAUAGGGGCUUUUCUGUCUGACUCAUACAUCAGUCGUUCUAGAACUAUACUUCUCUUUGGUCCAUUGGAGUUUCUGGGCUUUGGAUUGCUGGCACUACAAGCCUACCUUCCAUCACUCCAUCCACCAUCUUGCGAUAUUGAAGAUGAACGAACUGUCUGUAAAGAAGUUCAUGGUUGGAAUGCUACCCUAUUAUAUGCAACCUUGUAUAUCAGUGCAUUUGGUGAAGGUUGCAUCCGUGCUUGCUCGCCAUCUCUCGGAGCAGACCAGUUUGACCAUGAAGAUCCCACUGAGUCCCGCCAACAGUCCAGCUUCUUUAACUGGUACACCUUUGGGAUCUCCUUGGGUGGUUUAGUAGGAUUAAUUCUCAUUGUGUGGCUCGAGAACUACAAGGGGUGGGACAUUGGACUUGGCUUGUGUGCCAUCCUAGUUCUGCUUGGGUUGAUUGUGGUUGCUACUGGUCUCCCUUUCUACCGCAACCAAGUACCUGAAGGAAGCCCUCUAACUCGAAUACUGCAGGUUCUUGUGGUUGCAUUCAGAAACAGGAGGCUUGAGCUUCCUGAGAAGCUGGAAGAAGCACAGGAAAUUAGUACUGGGGCAGGCACUAUUGAAGCACUCUCCCGAAAAAAUAACCUGAAAUUCCUCGACAAAGCUUGCAUUAACCGUGGGAAAGAUGGAGCCUGGUCAUGUUGCAGUGUGGCAAAGGUGGAAGAGACGAAGAUUGUGCUCCGGAUGCUUCCCCUGUUUGUCAGCUCCAUGAUCGGAUAUGUAUCGAAUCCUAUCAUCUUGACAUUCACUGUGCAGCAAGGUAGCAUGACAAACACAAGGCUUGGCAGGAUCCACAUCUCCCCGGCGUCACUCUUCAUCAUCCCUAUCACAUUCCAGAUGGUAAUGCUCGCCAUCUAUGACCGGUUCAUUGUUCCAUUCUUGCGCAAGCGCACUGGCUAUGCCAGUGGCAUCACUCACCUGCAGCGGAUCAGCUUAGGCUUCGCCUGCAUGAUACUCGCAUCAGUUAUCGCAGCACUUGUUGAGAGAAAGAGAAAGGAUUCUGCAACACAGAUGUCCCUGUUCUGGCUCGCGCCUCAGUUCUUCCUGCUGGGUGUGUCAGACGUGACAUCGUUCCCGGGCCUCCUUGAGUUUUUCAACAGCGAGGCGCCACGGGGCAUGAAAUCCAUCGCCACUGCAUUGUUCUGGUGCGAGCUUGGGCUCGCGUCAUUGCUGGCCACUUUCCUUGUGAAAGCAGUGAACGCGGCCACGAGACGGGGCCACCAGAGAGGGUGGCUCGAGGGUACAAGCUUGAACAACAGCCGACUUGACCUGUUCUACUGGGUUGUCACCGUUGUCGGAUUGCUUGCCUUCUUGAACUAUCUGUACUGGGCAAAGAAGUAUGUCUACCAGCAGGAUCCCCGCCUCCCUGAUGAGCCAUCAGUUGAUCAAGAUUCACCUUAAACUUCGUACAUUGUUUUGCUUGGUUCAGAAUGUAGAAGUAUCCUCUGGUUCACCAUUCCAUGGAUUAGUCAAAUUUGCAAAACGUCUCUCUUGUGCUAGUAUAUCUUUGUAAUAUGCUGCACCGCUGAUGCGGUGAUGCCUGAUUUGUAUUGUCUUCAUUGUUUGGAUUUUAACCUGUGAUACUUCUGGAAAAGUUGGCUUUGUGAAAUGGUCUUCUGUAACGGCAAUCGCCACAAUCUGUAAUGUGCAACUUGUGAUUUCUCGGUGGAAGAUUCAUGUGCCAAAUCAUGCAAUCGCCACAAUCUGUAAUGUACAAUCUGAAGUGACAUCCUGAGUA